GUAUCACACAGUUGCUUAAACUGGGCUUUAACGGUGUACGUGUGUCAUUCUCACAUGGUUCGCCACAUCUCUGCUGUGUGACUGAUAACAAUCUUGUUCACAACGAUAACCGCCCUUGCCACUGGUAUCAAACGAUUGUACCGUUUGUUUGCGUAUUCGUCGUAUCACCGGUAUCACUCCUAUCGCUUGGUUCGCGACUCUACACUGUGGUAGAUAACAUUUUGCUGCAUCAUUGGCCUCGCCCACACGUUAGCAACAUAAAACCAGCUGCAUAUCACCCGCUGAACGGUACCUAGUGAGGAAAGUGCUCUGUAAGGAUACAUGUAGCAGCAGCUGGCAUCAAGCUACAUCAAGCCGCUGAACAACGCCCCCCACGUUUUUUUUUUCCUCAACAGCCGCCGCUUCGCUCUCAAAUCGGCACGAGUGAAGAACGCAACAGUCCAGUGACGAAGAUGCAUUGCCUGUGGCCCCUGUUCACUGCUGCACUGUGCUGCAGUGCUGCAUAUGCUUUCAAGGCUGCCGUUUAUGAGCAUGUACAGGAUGUCUCGUCUAAAGAGAGGGCAGAAGCAGUUGCUGUGAAUUUAGCAGCCUACAGAUUGGCCACUGCAAAUGCAUCCAGGGAGAAUGCGGACAUUAUUGUUUUUCCGGAAGACGGCAUCCUUUAUCGAUUCAAAAACAGGGAAGAAGUGGGCAAGUGGGCAGAGGACAUUCCAAAGGCUGGCGUAGUGCCCUGCGGGUCUGAGGAGACACCGCUUUUGGCCAACCUCAGCUGCCUGGCAAAAGAUCAUAAGAUGUACCUGGUGGCCAACAUUGUCGAUAAAAAGCCUUGCAAUGAGAGUGAACAUGACUGUCCUCGCGACAAGGUCAAGUAUUUCAACACUAAUGUGGCCUUUGACCGCAACGGAACACUUGUCUCCAGGUACCACAAGAACCACUUGUUUGUGGAGCCCUUUAUGAACCCUGCUGACCCAUAUGAAUUUGCCGUCUUUGAUACGGACUUUGGUGCCCGGGUGGGCAUGUUCAUCUGUUUUGACAUCCUCUUUGCUGAGUCGUCUCUGCUUGUUGAGAAACACAACGUCACCCUGGGUGUCAUGAGCAGCUGGUGGUUCGACGAGCUUCCUGCCUGGUAUUCAGUUGCAGUGCAGCAGGCCUGGUCUUUGCACAAUGGGAUUCCCCUGCUGGCAUCAGGAAUCCAGCGAUUGGAAAUGGGCUCCUUGGGAAGUGGCAUAUAUGGUGGAUUUCGGGGCCCACUCAACUACACCUACAGUCCAGAUGGAAAGAGCAAGCUGCUGCUGGCUGACCUAUCGAACACCACAUCACAGGAUCCCAGGUACCCUGGAGAUGUGCUCCAUCCGGAGAAGCGCUUCUUGAAGUAUGCAGAUGUUAGCGAUCAUGCUGCACAGGAGAUAACACAACCCCGUGGUGACAGCCGCGUCUGCCUUGGAGACUUUUGCUGCUCACUCUCAUACGAGACGGCAGAACUACGUGAUACGUUUGUGCUGCUCGCCAAGCAUGGACGGCAGAAUAUUGCCAAUUAUAUGGAGUUUGGCAUUCAGCAAUGCUUCCUUGCUGUGUGCGAGUCCGCAAACGGCACAGUCUGCAAGUCCUUCAAAACCAAGUCGGCAACAAAGUUCAACAAGUUACAGUUGACGGGCGCGUUUGCAACAAAUGCCAUCUUCCCCGUGCUGGCUUCGAAUGAGCUGGCCCUAACACCCAAGGACAAGUGGCAGUUUGAGAUAACCGCGGCCAAUGUGAGCAGCCUGACUCUCAAGGAAAAUGGCAAGGACGAGGACAUUCUGCAGGUUGCACUGUACGCCCGCCUCUAUGAGCUGGACAGGUUUAUCCACUGAUUUGACUCGUAUUGCUCAUUAUAGCUGGAGACCUGGUGCUGUACAUGUCAUGUGCAUGUGCUGCACAUAGACAUAAUGACAGUCACAAGUGUCCUCUGUGUCUACCAGUGAGAUUCUGGCUUUCACAGAAGCGGCUUUUUGCAUAUUUGGUUACGCUUUGGUUUUUCGCUUGUUAGGUUAGAUGUAAUAUUGCUGCAUCAAACUUAUUUUCUUUUUUGACUUUUGCUUCCUAAAGCUUUAUUGAUCACGAGUCGCAAUCGUGCUAUUUAGACAGUGAUCAAGCAUAUCCAUGAAGUAUUGGACAUGCAAUUUGCAUCGUUACUAUUAGUUCAUUGAUAAGAUGCAGCAAUAAUUCAAAUGAAAAUGCGAAAUGUAUCUAAUAAUAAAAUGGGAAAAAAUAGAAAGGGUCAGAUAUUGGUGAAGGUCAUCUUGCAGUUGACACCGGCUUGGCUGUUCUUAUGUUUUCUUUUCAAAAUAACAUCAUGCAAAACCCAGCAUUGCUAGAGAAUUUGCAAGAUUAACUUGCAACAAAGUUGCAACAAACUUGAUUUAAUGCCAACGAAGAAAGCUGUCAUCUGAAUUUUAUUAUGUGUGUCUGAUCUUUAGUCAUUAUUUGUGGUAUAUUGUUACUGAGCACUGUGAUGAUACCUGUUAGUGCCUGUUCAGCAUGCAAGCAUUGUGAACUGCUCAUAGCAGAUGUUUAUUUGAUGGUUGCUUCUUGCACUAAUAGCUCACUUCUUUUGUAGUGUGCUAAAAGUCAUAGGUCACAUUUUACUGUUCUUAAAGUCAGCAAGACAGCUUUUAUGAGGUACUCAUUAUCAUCCGUCUGCAUUUUUUGAACAAAAGUCUUGAGGUACCAACCUGCUAUAGUAAUGCAGGCUUUCCUUAAGCUACUGUAAAGGGACACUGGACUAAGCGUGUGAGGAGGCUCUCAUUUUUUGCACUAUGCAAGAAGGUAAGCUACUUCAAUUAGAUUCUAGUAAUAUACAGGUUAUGUAGUGUGUAAGUUAAACUGUGAUAAAAACUAUAUGUAUGAAUAAAUAUAUGUAGUUAUGUUAGCAGGUGUUGAAGUUGCUCCUUUAGAUGUUUUGGAGAAACAGUGAAUAACGUAAACAAUGAACAAUAAUGGCACAAAGGUGACUUCUUAAAUUCCUGUAAUAUCACACAAAGGUGUGCUUUCUUGCCAGCUUAUUCAACGACCAUCUUCACAAAGCAUUAAGACCUAUGCAAUGGUGAUGGAAUAUGUGCCUUCUGUUUAGUAUGUCUGUUCCACUAUGAAUUUGUGUUACUUGGACGAACAAUAAAGCUUGUUUGAACACUUGAA